CCUGCUUGUCUUAUACAAGCAACUUCAGGAAAUUCUGCAUUUUCUUUUAACUUCUUGAGACCUCGGACAUUGGAAUGCCUGACAGUGAGCAAAAGGACACAGCAGCAGAACCCGAGUCUACACAAUCUCAGGCUAAGCCUGAUCUCGGCAUGGCGUCGCACCUCAAGUAUAUCUCUCUGGGAGUUCUGGUCUUCCAGACUACUAGCUUGGUCCUGACCAUGCGCUACUCCCGUACGUUGAAGGAAGAGGGUCCUCGAUACUUAUCGUCUACUGCUGUGGUGGCCGCAGAGGUACUGAAGAUUGUGGCCUGCGUCCUCUUGGUCUAUAAAGAUAACAAUUGCAGUAUUCGGGUGUUAAAUCGAGUACUUCAGGAUGAGAUCAUCAAUAAACCAAUGGAAACUUUAAAGCUCGCAAUACCCUCUGGCAUCUACACGUUGCAGAAUAACCUGCUUUAUGUCGCCCUGUCUAACCUCGAUGCAGCCACAUAUCAGGUCACAUAUCAGCUAAAGAUCCUCACAACCGCGCUGUUUUCAGUGACCAUGCUUCAGAGGAAACUUACGCGGAAUCAGUGGAUUUCACUGUGUAUACUGAUGGCUGGUGUCACAUUGGUUCAGUGGCCCAGUGACUCUAACAGUUCUCCAUCGAAAGAAUUAUCGGUCGGCUCUCGAUUCGUAGGUCUCAUGGCUGUGCUCACUGCUUGCUUUUCAAGCGGCUUUGCUGGCGUCUACUUCGAAAAGAUCCUUAAAGAGACUAAACAAUCUGUAUGGAUACGGAAUAUACAGCUUGGAGUCUUUGGUGGGAUAUUCGGUCUGAUGGGAGUGUUUAUUUACGAUGGGGAACGUGUGUCUAAGGAUGGAUUCUUCCAAGGCUACAACAAUCUGACGUGGGCGGUUGUAGCUCUGCAGGCUCUGGGCGGUCUGGUCAUCGCUGCCGUUAUUAAAUACGCGGAUAAUAUCUUGAAAGGUUUUGCUACGUCUUUGUCCAUCAUUCUCUCAACACUGAUUUCCUACUUCUGGCUGCAAGACUUUAUUCCAACCAGUGUAUUUUUCGUUGGAGCGAUGUUUGUGAUUUCGGCGACAUUUCUUUACGGCUACGUCCCCAAACCGUCCGUGAACCCAAUCAAAGCAUGAGGGCCGGAGAGUGGAGAGUUACGGCCCCUUCUCUGCUGUUCCAUGUUGUAGGAGGAACGGGGCAGAGUGAAGAGGAAAACUCAAGCCAGAUGAUGCUGCUGAGCGUGACCCAGCCACGAGACGAGGACGCUCUCUUGUGCAUUGGACGCUAAUUUAUUUUAAAAUAAAAAUGAUAUAUUUUUUUUGUUAAUACUUGAACUUGGAGGUAUCGAUUUUACAAUUUGGUGUGCAACUUUCCUGAUCAAAUUUUUAUUUUUUUGUACGCCUUCUGAUAUUUAAUCUUUCCAUUUUUCUUUACGGUUACGAGGCUGGCGUGCCAGUCUUCGUCCGACCUUCUGUCAAAUUUUUAAAACUUUAAGACUUGCUUACCAAGCUACGGGAUGGGUUUUGUAAAUGGCCAGUGAGUGUCUCAACAGGCUUCGCAAGCGGGGAUAUCAUAUGUAAUAUAAACUAAGAAAAGAAAAAUUAAA